UGUGCCUUGUGGAUCCGAGAAGCGAAGAGUCGGGCAGGUGCCGUCAAAGUCGAAAGGUGUCGUGAUCAGCGCUCCGCGUCCAUCCGGAAAGCGAAGGGCCGUACUGCUGUCGGUCAAUCCGGCGCUCUCGGCGCUCAGGGGACACGUCAAGUUGGCGAACACGUAAGCAGCGUACGUCAUCUGCAUAAACAGUAGGCGUAAGUUUCUGGUGGCCAUGUCGGCGCCAGAUCCCAGAGUUCCAUCUCCUAACAAGGCCUCGACGUGCUUCCCAGAGGUGAAGAAGGUGUGGGUCUACGGCCGGUAUGUCUGUGGCGCUGCUCGUUCACCGCGGCGGCUGUCACUUCGCGGCCCACGCGACUGCUUCGACGCUGCCCAUUCUGAGGUGCAAAGGCUCGCUCCCCUGCAGAGGCUGGUGACACCGGUUUACCGGCGAACGACGACUGUACGGGUUCUGCAGACGCCUCGGGUCCGGUGGUGCCGGAAAGGCUCGGGUGGCAACCAUGACGGCGACUCUGGACGCCUCUAAGCUCGAGCUCGAUCAGCAGGCGAAGCAGGUCAAGAUCAAAAUGGGCGCCGACACACCGCAAAAGGCGGACAUAAACGCCAACGCGACGCCCCAGGACGCUUCUGAUCCCUGGGCACUACCUGUCCUCGAGGACCAGGGGGUCAAGUGGUCAGAGCUCAGCCCUGGCGGCAAGAUCCAGCGGGUGGCGCUGGGCCUGUGCAAGGGCCUGUGCCUGGUCGCGCUGCUCUACAUGUUCAUCUGCUCGCUGGACUUCCUCAGCUCGGCGUUCCGCCUGGUCGGCGGCAAGACGGCCGGCAAGGUGAUGCAGCAGAACGAGGUCCUCAAGAACCCCGUCGUCGGCCUCAUGAUCGGCGUGCUCUCCACCGUCCUCGUGCAGAGCUCCUCGACCUCGUCCUCCAUCAUCAUCACCAUGGUCGGCGCGAACCUGAUCCAGGUUCGCGACGCCAUACCCAUCAUCAUGGGCGCCAACAUCGGCACGUCGGUGACCAACACCAUCGUGUCGCUGAUGCAGAGCGGCGAGCGAAACGAGUUCCGCAGGGCCUUCGCCGCUGCCACCGUGCACGACAUGUUCAACUGGCUCACGGUCAUCGUCCUGCUGCCCUUGGAGGUCGCCUUCGGUGUACUCUACCACUUGACCAGCGCCAUCAUGAACUCCACCAACUGGACGACUAACAAAAAUGCUAACAGGGACUUCUUGCAAGUCUUGACGAAGCCGUUUACCAGCCUUAUUAUUCAGUUGGACAAAAAGGUAAUCGAGAAAGUUGCUAUCGGGGACGAGACAUACUACAACCAAUCUUUGAUCAAACGGUGUUGCAACGCGACCAGCGAUGGAUGUGUCACACAUUGCAAAUUCGCCCUGGCCUCCCUGGACUGGCAAGACAGCUUCGUUGGCCUCUUGCUGCUGGGCAUUUCCCUGCUGACGCUCUGCGUCUGCCUCAUCCUCAUGGUCAAGCUGCUGCACACGAUGCUUCGCGGUCGCAUCGCGGUCAUCAUUAAGACGACAGUGAACGCCGAGUACAGGUUCCCGUACUCCGUGCUGGUCGGUUACGUCGCCAUCCUGCUCGGCUGCGUCAUGACCAUCCUCGUGCAGAGCUCUUCCAUCUUCACCUCGGCGCUGACGCCGCUGGCGGGCAUCGGCGUCAUCAGCCUGGAGCGCAUCUACCCGCUGACCCUGGGCUCCAACAUCGGCACCACGACCACGGGCAUUCUGGCGGCGCUCGCCGCGGACUCGAGCCGCAUCAAGUACACGUUGCAGAUCUCCUUCUGCCACCUCUUCUUCAACGUGCUGGGCAUCUUGAUGUUCUACCCGCUGCCCUUCACUCGCUUCCCCAUCCAGCUGGCCAAGAUCCUGGGCAACACGACCGCCAAGUACCGCUGGUUCUCGGUUCUCUACCUGCUGUGCAUGUUCCUCUUCUUUCCGGCGGCCGUGUUCGGGCUGUCCAUGGCCGGCAUGGUCGUGUUCAUGGUGGUCCUCAUUCCCAUCCUGGUCAUCCUCGCUGCGGUGAUCGCCGUCAACCUUCUUCAGCGGAAGGCGCCCCACGUGCUGCCCGAGAAGCUGCGCAGCUGGCUGUGGCUGCCGGAGUGGAUGCGUUCGCUGGACCCGCUCGACCGCGUCAUCGGAGCCGUCGUUGGCCGGUGCGGCUGCUGCCAGCGGCUGUGCCCGCCCCAGACGGCGCACGACGCCUCGGCCAUGCCCACGAUGCGGGAGGUGUCGUCCCAGAUGAACUUCAUCGAGUCUCGCCGGUCGUCCUGCCCGUCGGACUCGCAGUCUGACCUACAGGCCUUCGAGAACUCUGCUUUCAACUGGACUAAAGACAAGCAGAAUGGUGGCGCCACGUUUAUAACCCAGCUAUAGCGCCCCCGCAGGUCAUGUGCUGUGAUGUAAAUACGCGCAUCUUUAUAUAUAUGUGUAUUAUAUAUACGCGAACUCCUGCCUUGUAUAUAAGACUUCAUGUGUGUGCAUGUGUGCGCGAGCGAUAUGUGAGUGCGUUCGAGUGGCUCCAGCGAACGUGGUUGGCGUGGUUUUUUUCGCGGGUGUGUCUGACAACAUAGAAGCCUUACUUGUAGCCUAGAACUUGCAUUAGAGCACUAGCCGCGAACGUUACUUUCUCGCUGUGUGUUACCAGUCGUCGUUAGGUUUUCCACAUCUAUCUCGUAGUACAUAUAGCGAACAAUACUACUAUAGAUGUCCACGCGGUAUUCCUGUAGAAGUGGCAGAGAUCGCCAGACUAUUGUGAUAAGUCUUUCUUGGGCACCUAUGAAACAUCGUUGGCGAAAGUAGUCAGUGGCGUAGUACAGUUAACCACGUAGGUCGACGACUAAGCGAGCUGUAAGCUUCUUUCGUGCUUUUGAUCUCACAUCAGUAUCGUUAAAGUACUAGAUAUCGAUGUCUAGGCACCUGUCGGAUUUCGCUAGCGAAGUUGUCCACCAAAUGCUGUAGUACAUCGCUGUAAUAUCGGAGAGAAAAAAAAAAGUGCCAUUCAGAAAGCUUACUUUACUGCUUUCUGGCGCAGGUAUCGCUUUCAGUACUUCGUAGUCAUAGUUACGGCAGCAUGUAGGUUUUUAAUCUGUUCACCAUUUUAUCGCGCACUUCGAAGCGACGUUGAAAGGUGCUGCAGUCUUGGAACGCAGAACGACCUUGGAAUGCGCUUUGUGGCUGCAUUCGUGUAGAGGUCGUCUUGCCCCGCAAAUCAAUAGGAGCGCAACCUUUGUCGUAAAGUGCCACCACGCAGCGCUUUAGUGUUUUAUCUUUUUUUUAUUACACGUGACCUAAUGUUAGAUAAUAUUAGGCCAUCUCAUCGUCAACAUUUUUUUUCUCGUCCGACAGUGUCGCAAUCUAUUCCUUUUUGCCACCCGGACCCUCGAGCAUCCCUUUCCCCCCACUCCUUGUAAAUGUGAGAACGUGACCCGACUGGCUUUCCGUUCUUCGCAUUCUAGCUUGUCCGCCGCAGGGUCUACCUUAGAAACAUACAUUCCAAGGCAUCGGACGUGCACACUUAGGUCGUCUCGUGUGCGGUACUUAGAACAUUACUCGAGGUAAAAAAAAAAAAGUCCAUCUGAAUUUUCGAGACCCUGUAUGUGUACCUCGUUGUCGUCGCAUCAUGCACAUCUCUUGGUGUCGCGAUCGUGUUUCGCAUUACACGUAGCCAAGUGCUUUCUGGUUCGUCCACCCAAUGGCAUGUGCACCUCACGCUAUGUCGUCGGCGGCAGUUCGGCGCGCGCAUGCUGCAAGUCAUCGGUGCACAGUACGCUACUACGGAGUGCCUGCAAAAGUGUCAUGUCCCUGUCUUCCCUGUACAGUCUGUCCUGUGCUUAGCUUCUGUUACUGAAUCGGCGGAUGACUUAGCCGCAUCUUUACCGAGCAAAAGGUUGGCCACUCUCCUUUCGGCUCAUUUUUUUAGCUUCGGGAAAAGAGUUCAAAGUUCGCGCGUACGAGGCCGUGGGUGCCUGCUCCGUUUGAUCCCACGGAGAUUCUUUGGACUGUUCUGGGCAGCGUGCUGGUGACGCGUUUACAACAGUUUGCCGGGACCCACCGAUGGUGCGACGUGUACAGAAUGCAAUUUGCGCUUUCGGCUAGCGCCGGAGUCUCUGCAUUUCCGAAGGAGCGGAAUACUGGAGUGGUUACGUGUGCGUAUUCCGUUAUCUUGCGAUAUGAUCAUCUUUUGCAUUGUUUUACUCUUUGAAAGGAAAAAAAGAAGCCCGUUUCAUUAUUUAUUAUGUUCAGUGUCAACCUCUCGAAGAGCGAAAGAAAAAGUCGCAUUCAAUCAGUACAAUCAAGGUUGAGCAAACUGAAGCAGAAAUAAAAUGUUUUUAAUUCCUUUUUCUAA